AUGCUGAGCCUGGCGGUACUUUGUCUACUAGAGUUAUUGGAUCCGCUGGUCCCGGAGGUGCUCGUACUGGAGGUACUGGAGCUGCUGGGGCCGGAGGUACUGUUGGACCUGGAGGUGCUGCUGUUGACACGGAGGCUGGAGACCCUGGGGCUGGAGGUGCCGGUUCUGGGGGUGCUGCUGCUGGUGGCGCUGGUACUGGAGGUGCUGGCGCUCGAGUUUCUGGAGCUGCUGGAGGUGCUGACGCUGGAGGCGCUGGAGCUGGAGGUUCUGGAGCUGUUGGAGGUGCUGGCGCUGGAGGCACUGGAGCUGGAGGUUCUGGAGCUGCUGGAGGUGCUGGUACUGGAGGUGCUGGCGCUUGAGGUUCUGGAGCUGUUGGACGUGCUGGCGCUGGAGACGCUGGAGCUACUGGAGGUGCUGGUACAGGAGGUGCUGGCGCUGGAGCUUCUGGAGCUGCUAGACGUGUUGGCGCUGGAGGCGCUGGAGCUCGAGGUUUUGGAGCUGCUGGAGGUGCUGGAGCUACUGGUGCUGGUGGCACUGCACAGCCGCGACUGUUCUUAG